CAUUCUUUAUAAGUAAUAGUUGAUGCUAGUAGCUGGUAAUUCUAUAGUUCUGGAGUAUUAUCUGUUUGUAGUUCUAUAUAUAAAAAAGCAAAUUACUUUUCAUUAGGUUAUUGGUUAAGAUGGAUUUGAUAAUUGGAGAGUUCAAGCAUCUUUUGGAAUAUCUUGGGGAGAAUUUGGAACUAGUAGAAUAGCAUCAGGAAAUACUUGUGGUCUACAAUUUUUUUUGUGAG